AAAAAAAAAAAAACAUAUCUUUCGUCGAUAUUUUUAAUUUAAUUUAACUUGUUCAUAAAGCCAAGUAGAAACCACAUUAUAAAUUCAUCUUUCUCACUCACUCUUCAACACACUUCAACAAACACUCGCUUUUUUUUUUUGAUAAUCAACAAACACUCGCUUUGAUUUUCAGAAAGAAAAGAGAGAAAAAAACCAUGGGUCAAGGAACACCAGGCGGUUUGAACCGGCAACCGGGCGAUCGGAAACCAGACGGAAGCGACAAAAAAGACAAGAAGUUCGAACCAGCCGCACCACCAGCACGCGUAGGUCGUAAACAGCGAAAACAAAAAGGUUCAGAGGCGGCGUCCCGGUUACCGACGGUAACUCCGUUAUCGAAGUGUAAACUGAGGCUAUUGAAACUUGAACGAAUCAAAGAUUAUUUGUUGAUGGAAGAAGAGUUUGUAGCGAAUCAGGAACGGCUUAAACCUCAGGAAGAGAAAGCUGAAGAGGAUAGAUCUAAGGUUGAUGAUCUUAGAGGUUCUCCUAUGAGUGUUGGAAAUCUUGAAGAGAUGAUUGAUGAGAAUCAUGCUAUUGUUUCGAGUUCUGUUGGUCCUGAAUAUUAUGUUGGGAUUUCUUCUUUUGUUGAUAAGGAUCAGUUGGAACCUGGAUGCGCUAUUUUGAUGCAUAAUAAGGUUCUUUCUGUUGUUGGGCUUCUUCAAGAUGAUGUUGAUCCAAUGGUCUCUGUCAUGAAGGUCGAGAAGGCUCCUUUAGAAUCAUAUGCUGACAUUGGUGGUUUAGAUGCCCAAAUACAGGAAAUCAAAGAAGCAGUCGAGCUUCCCUUGACACAUCCUGAACUGUACGAAGAUAUUGGUAUCAAGCCUCCAAAGGGAGUCAUUUUAUAUGGAGAACCUGGAACCGGGAAGACAUUGCUUGCAAAGGCCGUGGCCAACUCAACAUCAGCAACAUUCUUACGUGUUGUCGGUAGUGAAUUGAUACAAAAAUACUUGGGAGAUGGUCCAAAACUUGUGAGAGAACUUUUCCGAGUUGCCGAUGAUCUUUCUCCUUCUAUUGUCUUCAUUGAUGAAAUUGAUGCUGUUGGAACAAAAAGGUAUGAUGCUCACUCAGGUGGAGAGCGUGAAAUUCAAAGGACAAUGUUGGAGUUGCUAAACCAGUUAGAUGGUUUUGAUUCUAGAGGAGAUGUAAAAGUUAUUCUCGCAACCAACAAAAUUGAAAGCCUCGAUCCAGCUUUGCUGCGACCUGGUCGAAUAGACAGGAAGAUUGAAUUUCCUCUCCCUGAUAUCAAAACAAGGAGACGUAUUUUCCAGAUACACACAUCAAGGAUGACAUUAGCUGAUGAUGUCAAUUUAGAAGAAUUUGUUAUGACUAAGGAUGAGUUCUCUGGAGCUGAUAUAAAAGCAAUAUGUACCGAAGCUGGCUUACUUGCUUUACGAGAACGCCGAAUGAAGGUGACACAUCCUGACUUUAAGAAAGCAAAAGAUAAAGUUAUGUUUAAGAAGAAAGAAGGGGUGCCAGAAGGAUUGUAUAUGUGAAAUAUUGUCCCAUUUACCCUUGCCCCCUUUAUUUUGUCAUGGUCUUUUUCUUGUCUUCAUAGAUGUACUCUUCAGCAUUGUGAAUUAUGGUCUGUUAUAGACCUGAAUUAUAGUUUACUUUGAUUCAUAAAAGAAAAAAAGGAAUAUUUCCACAA